UUGGAUGUGUAAACGCUUGAAACAAAAGUUUUACGAACUUUCACACAACCUGCUUUUCCAACUGAUUUUAAAACAAAGGCAUUGGAGGAUUAAAUCGUAGAUUUUAAAUCAUGGUUUGAACGUGUUUAGAAAGACUGUGGAUUGUUUGUAUCAACGUAAUGUGAAAUUUAAAUUUGUAUCCGAAAUUAUCUCUAUCCGGAUGGAAGCAAUCGAGUGUUUUAUAUUAAAAGAAAAGUUGUUUCUCCUCAUAACACUGCAGUUCUUGGCGAAAGGUGAAUUCUAUAGUGAGGGUGGACUUGUACAUGGCGUCUCCAGAAGCACUGUAUGUGUAUCUGUUUGGCAAGUUGUAGACGCAAUUAACCAGUGUGUCAACAACAUCAAGUUCCCUACCACCCAGGCUGACCUGGCUUCUAUUAAACAAAAGUUUUAUCAGGUAGCAAGAAUGCCAAAUUGCAUCGGAGCUGUAGAUGGAACAUUAAUCCCCAUCAUAGCGCCAAGAGUGAGGGAAGAUAUAUAUGUGUGUAGAAAAGGAUACCAUGCAAUAAACGUGCAGGCAGUAGUGACACCCGAUAUGAGAUUCACUGAUGUGGUCGCUCAGUGGCCGGGGUCUACACACGACAACACCAUAUUUGAGAACUGUGGCCUGAAGGCAUGGGUCGAGGCAAAUAAUGUUGGUUGGCUGAUUGGUGACGCGGGUUAUGCCCUGAAACCUAACAUGCUCACACCAAAGAUCCGGCCUACGACCCAACAGGAAAAUGCAUUCAACUUGGCACACAGCCGUACCAGAAUGGUAGUUGAAAGAGCGUUUGGUUUGUUGAAGUCGAGAUUUCGAUGUCUUCAUAAGACUGGAGGAUUCUUCCAAAUCACACCUGAGAAGGCAGCCAAAGUCUUUGUUGUUUGUGCUAAACUGCACAACAUGUGUAUAGAUGAUGCUGUCGUGUUUGAUGGACAAAUCCAUGUUGCCCCUGACAAUGCACCACCUUACAUUGGAGCACUUGACCCAAAUGCGCAGAGGGACAGAAGAGCUAUUAUCGCAAGAUUUUGAAAUGAACACUCGCAUUGUUUUAAUUGUGUGCAUAUCUAAUUAUUUGGACUAGUGAAGGAAAUAUUAUUACCUUGUGAUAGAUUCACAUUUUUAUGUAUAAUUAAGUUAAGAACUUUCUGUAUCAAAUUUCAUAAACUGUCACAAUUGGCCCAUUUUUUCUCAAAACAUCUUAAGUCUCUAAAAACAGAAUUUAUCUUUUAUCCACUAUUUUGGUUAAGGUUUGACUUGUAUCUAGUAUAAACAUUUUGAAGACUUUUUAUACAUGUACUUUCAAUAGAAAUAAUUUUGCUUAUAUUAAAGACAAACAAUCUUUAACUUUAUAGAGUUUUAUUAGUAAUCUUUAUUAAUUAAAAUAGAUACGAAAGCUUGUUAUGUUUUAGAUGUUUCGAGAAAAUGGGUCUAACAGAUUAAUACCUGUAUGAAUUAAAAUACAAUAUUGACACAACUGAUGACAAACUGUGCCUGUACCAUUAAAACCUUUUUUUACUCAGUAUAUGUGAAAAUCUUUUUUUUUAAAUGGAGUUGCUGCAAACUCAAAAAUGGAAACAACCUUGAAUUUGAAUGAAGCUUUAAAUUGUAUGGAUUACUUUAAAAUCUCAUUAAAGUGUAAACAGAGAGAACAAACUUGUUAAUGGUAUAAUGAAUCUGAAUGAAUUCAUGAAUAAAGAAGACAAUGCAUUACUAUUACUAUUAUCAUAACCAUUGUUAAUUUGUUGCACAAACAUAUUUGAAAUGUAAUGAUUACCAUCUUAAUUGUCAUAUUUUAUUUCAUAUUGGCAUGAAGAAAGUAAUUACUUAUUACAAAAUACAGUACAGCCAUGACUCAUAAUAUGAUGAAACAUUAGCUAUUCUGUUUAUAUAACUGUUUAUGAGGGGGGUAUAUACUCCUAAUUAUAUCAGUGGAAGAACUUGAAGUAACAAAACAAAUGCUGUUUCAUGGUGAUUUUAAUCAUCCUUUAUCUGAUAUACAAAGAAAUCUUAUAACACAGUAAAAGGAAGUUUUAUAUUUUGUUGAAAUGCCAAUACAGUGUACCUGACCAUUCUUCUAAAUAUGACAUGUUUUGCAAAUUCAAUCAUUUCAAAUAACUCAAAAAUGUACUAGCUAAUGCAUAGAUGAGGGGGGGGGGGGGGCACUCAUUGCCAGAUUUUAACUAAAGAACAUUCAAAAAUCUGUUUUUUUCUGUAUCAGUUUUCUUAAAGUUAACCUGAUUUUACAUAAUCCUAUUGCUGUUUAUGUAUAUUCUUUGUUUUGCCUAAGGACUUGGAUGAGAUUGACUUAAUAGCUAUGAACAACAACAGUACUGAACUUUGUAAAGAAAAAACUGUCACAUGUAUGAUUAUUAGCCACUUCUAUGUAAUCACAUUGUUUGAAAUAUGUCACUUUAAUAUGAAUGCAAUUGUGUUUCCAUAUAUGUUAUUAGUUUACUUGAACAUGAAAAAACUGACCAAAUUAUAAAGAUUAAGAAAACUGAACUGUGAAUAAAAUUUGUUGAUAUUCAAAAGUAUACGCAAAAUUUAGAUGUUAUGUGAGUUUAAGUAGAUGAAAUGUUGAAAGAUUCACAGAAUUCUAAGCACAUGAUUCUAAUAACAGUAUUACAAAUGAUUAUCAUAGGUUACGUGUCGACUAUUAAAAGUUAUUUAGUCACAUUUCAUUUUAUUAGUCAUUUAAUAAAUAUUUAUAAUUGCUGAUGAAAACAUGAAAUGAAUUAAAGAGGUAUGAAUUGAUGAAGAUUGAACUGAACAAUACUUCUUUUCAUUGAAACAGUGAAGCUACAAACAGGAAGCAAAACACAUAAACAUAAUGUACAAUGGAACAAUAAAAUUGCUCAGCUAUCACAAAGGUUUUCUUAUAAUUUUUAACUAGCCAAUGUCAUUGACAUAUGAAUUAAAUACAUGAAUAUGUACACAUAUUUCUACAUAAUACAGUUAACACAUGUUGCUGUUACAUCUACUGACAAAGUUGUAAUAUGAAUCUAUUCAUGUACAUAUAAAUGACAUGUAAUUCAAUUUUUUGUAUUAAAUGCAAUCUGUAACAAGUUUGUGUAUACGUUUCAAAACAA